UGGUAUCAGCUGUGUAGUAAGCAAUGCAUAAAGAGGUGAGGUUUUGCUGUUAUUUGUGUGGGCUCUGCUUUACUUUUCCACCUUCUUUAAACCCCCCCCCCAUAACCAUGAUUAAAAUGCUUUAAAUCCAUGCUGGAUCACGUCAUGUUUUGAAUAAAGCAUGUUAAAGCUGAAAAUAUUCAGAGUAAGAGAGACUAGUUGGUUGUUUUGGAGACUAGAACAGCACAGGGAAGUCGUCCCACCAGCAGAACUCAUGAUUGGUUAAUAAGUAAAGCAUGAUCUGGUAGGCUUGGCAUUGAAUCACAGUGGUCAUGCUUUCAGAGCACGGCUGUUUACCACCACUCCUCUUGUUGUCCUUUCAUUUUUAGAGUUUUUCCUUGUGGUCAUGGGAUUUUUCCCUUAUCAGCGUGUUUGCCUGUGCUACAGGCUGUAAACUUCUGAGCGGCUGUGAAGAUGUGCUAAAGGGAAUUUUCGCGGAUAUUAUUAUUACCGUGAAAUAGCUAUUGGAGGUUGAUUUUUAGAGAAACAGAUCCACUUCUGUGCUGGCAGAGACGAGUGAACAUGUGGGCAGUGUAGCAGUAAAUGGGGCCUGAGCUUUUUCAGCAGGUUUUUCCAGAGGAGUACAGUCGUGUUUUGGUGCUAAGUUGGAUGAUCAAAGUUGGCAAUGGGUGACUUUGACAAGAUCUGGCGCGAGCACUGUGAGGAUGAGCAGACGCUGAGUGAGUACGCCCUCGCCAUGAAGAAUCUUGCAGACAACCACUGGACCAAAAACUGCGAAGGAGAGGGACGCAUCGAAUGGUGUCGCAGUGUCUGUCAAGAAUAUUUUUUGGAUGGUGGGAUGAAAAGAAUGUUAGAAAAGGAUGAGAAAAGUGCCACGCAUGUCAUGGAUCUUACUGCAGCAUCUGUCAGCGCCCAACCGUACAGCACCAUCCCCAGUUCAAUCUCUCAGCUGGGGAAAAUGCGUCUCCUUGACGUGGGAAGCUGCUUCAACCCUUUCUUGAAGUUUGAUGAAUUCCUUACAGUUGGUAUUGAUAUAGUGCCUGCAGUUGAGAGUGUAUACAAGUGUGACUUCCUCAACCUUCAGCUCCAGCAGCCUCUCCAGCUGGCAGGUGAUGCGGUAGAGGCCUUCCUCCGACAGCUCCACAACCCCAUCGACGCUCUGCCUGCUCAGCUUUUCCACGUGGUGGUCUUCUCGCUGCUCCUCUCCUACUUCCCCUCACCAUACCAGCGCUGGAUCUGCUGCAAGAAGGCUCACGAGCUGCUGGAGUUGCACGGCCUGCUGCUCAUCAUCACACCUGACUCGUCCCACCAAAACCGCCACGCCCUCAUGAUGCGCAGCUGGCGCGUCGCGGUGGAGUCGCUGGGUUUCAAGCGCUACAAAUACGUCAAGUAUUCCCACAUGCAUCUCAUCGCUUUCCGGAAGGUUUCCCUGGCCACCACCAGCGACCUGGUGUCACGCAACUACCCCGAGAUGCUCUACAUCCCUCAGGACUUCCACUCCAAUGAGGAGGAAGACUGUGCCGACGUGCCCGUGCAGGUGCGCUCCGAGUUUGAGGAUGACCAGCUGGCUUGGGGCUUCACGGAGCUACCUGACACGCCCUACGAUUCUGAUUCUGGGGAGAGCCAGAGCAGCUCAGUGCCUGGCUUCCAUGAGCUAGAGGACCCCAUCCUGCUUCAGAGCUAGGCUACACCCCCCCCCCCCCCAACCUCCCUCCUUUUCUCUACGUAACUGUCACCUCCCCUUCAACUGCUGCGCUGCCAAAUUUAACCUGCUGCAUUCUUCUCCAACUUCUCCUCCCUCUCCUCAAAACAACGCAGUUUGCACAGUGUGAAAGAGAAGUUUACAGAUUAUUUUCGCAUAUCCACACUCUACUGAGUGCACACGUGUGUGUGUGUAUACAUACACACACACACACACACACACACACAUACACACACACAUACACAUACACACACUAAGAUGGAUAUAUUUUGAUAAAUAGCUAGGUUUUUUAAGAGUUGGAAAGUGAAUGCCCUUAAGAAAUCUUAACUCCCUUCUCCCUGAUUUCCAUCCCAUCUUCAAAUCAGCUCUCAAUAACAAAAGUCAGCGUGUCUACAUUCUGUACUCAGUCUCUAUUUGAAUAAGCUAGUGUGGCAGGCUGCUUCAUAUAAAAGCCAAAUACAGAAACCCAAGCGGUCUGAUAGGAGUUUGAUUGCACUGGAGAGGCUGGAAUGGAACGACUGGACUUGGUACGCUUGCUUCUGUCACAGUCAUGCGGCUAGAUUUUCUGAAAAUUCUUGAUGUGCAUUUAGUUUUCCAAGACAAAACGAAGAAGUUCAUUGUUUUGAAAUAUAUAUUCUCAACAGUCUAAACAUUGGUGUCGUCCAGUGUAAAGUGUGGCAAUGCCAUUUUAACUUGGCAUCCUCUGAACGAUUUGUGUAUCUUUUACAAGAAAGUGGUAUUUGUAGCAUUUUAAAACAUUUUCAGAACCAUACAGUAGGAGUAUUACUAGGUUUACUAAUGUGAAACUGUAACUGUGUUUACAUUGUGUAACAAGGUACGAGUGCUUAAAAGUAGGUAUUACACUUUUUUCCUCCUCUCAUUGUCUUCACAGAUAUGAAUUAUCUCCGGUUAGAUUUCCAGUACAUUUUUUUUUUUUAAAUUCUCAAACAGAGAAAUAGUACAACACUUCAAGUCAGUGACCCAUAUCAAGUGGACUUUACAGCACCGGUAUCCUCUGACACAAUUUUGUAAUUUUGAUGUGACAAUACAGUAAGUACUCUGCCUCCAAAAAUAUCCAGAUCUGAGCUCCUCACAGUCAGAAAAUUCACCUCGACGGAAGAGAUUUGCACUAAUUUACUGUUUUGUCAUACAGAACCUCUGAAACAGGUGAGAUACUGUAGAUUUUAGCAAUAGUAAGCAAGAACAGAUCUGACGAUACUGUAUCCUGUGGGGGGAGGUUUUAGAUAAAGACACUAGGAGGUGAAAUUUUAGCGUGUGUUCAUGCCUGUCCCUGAACAGGCCGAGUGUGUGGGUGUGGUUGGGUUUGUCAGUGUGAAUGAAGGAAUGAAUUUCAUUGACUUUUUUUUAUUUUUUUAUUUUUUUAUUUUUUGGUGUGUGGCACUUUAUCACUGAUCCCAAAAGGGUGUCACGAAAUGUAAUUAUUUUCCUAUGAUGACAGUUUUACAACCAAUACGAUGGGCCCAUAACAUAAUACCAGUAAGUCUAAGGUGCCUUCUUUGUUCACAUUUAUGUUGAAAGCAAACUUUCAUGCCCCUGGAGAAAAUGAAAUUCAUACCUUUCAACAAAAGAUAUCAGGCUUCUUUUGACUAACAGUGCAUACCAACUAUCCAGUCCUCCUUUGUCAUAUUAGUAGUUAACAAGAAACAUUUUCAGUGUUGCAGUGUGUUGUUGCCAUUCCCAUAUCAUUUUCCAGUAAUGCACAUCUCUGCUGAUAUCUCCUCUGUUUUAACAGAAAGAAAAAAAACAUUUAACAGUACCAUACAUAUUCAGACUCUGAAGAAGUGUGUUUUGUGACUGAUUGGUGUAUUUGUCUUCCAAUGUUUCUUUUGGCCCAUUUGCAUGAGAUGGUUCAUCCUCAUUAUCAACAUUUUCAACAAUGCAGAACAAUGUGUGCUUAUAGUA